AUGCUUUCAUCACUAAUUUUUACACUCUUAAUUUCUAACAUAAUUGCUCUUUCUUAUGAUUAAAAUGCUUACAUCAGCAAAAAGUCAUUAAGAAAUUUAGCUUAUUGCAAUACAAGUUGUUAAUGUACUGUAUCACACACAUGUACUAGCUGCUCAAAUUCAAGUUAUUACUACUAUCCUGACACUAGUGAAUGUUAUUAAUCUUUUUACUGCACAUAAACUUAUUCUAAUGGCGAAAUUUAUACUCCAGAUCCAACUAACAAAGUAUGUUGUAUAAGAAACUGUGCAACAUGUUAAAAUAAUGGAAACGAAGAUUAAACAUGUUUUACUUGUUUAGUAGGCUAUUAUUUACCAUCAGUAGGAGCUAAUACCUGUAAUUAAUGUAAUUCAUCAUGCUAUACUUGUAACGGCCCAAACUCUAAUAAUUGUUUGAGUUGUGUUGUAGGAUAAAUUUUACUAAACAAUACUUGCUAAAAAACUUGCCCUUCAAGUGGUUAUUAUAUUAGUGGAAAAAACUGUUUAAAUUGUGACCCUUCUUGUAAAACAUGCAAUGGAUAGACAAAUAAUAAUUGUUUAUCAUGUCCAACAGGGGUAUAUUUUUAUCCUAAUAACAACUCUUGUUAAUCAACAUGCAUAAGCGGUUACUAUAUAAAUGGAACAAGCUGUUUAUUGUGUAACUCAAGUUGUUCAACUUGUAAUGGUCCUUCUUCAAACAAUUGCCUCUCAUGUCCAGCAGGUUAAUAUCUAUUUUAAAAUAAUACUUGCUCUUCGACUUGUAAUAUUAAUAAUGGGUAUUACAUAAAUGGAACUAACUGUUUACAGUGUAACUCAAGUUGCUUAACUUGUAGUGGUUCUUCUUCAAAUAACUGUCUUUCAUGUCCCUCUGGCUUAUAUUUAUUUCAGAAUAAUACAUGCUCAUCUCCUUGCAAUACUAGUAAUGGAUAUUAUAUUAAUGGAAUUAACUGUUAGUAAUGUAACUCAAGUUGCUUAGCCUGUAAUGGACCUAAUUCAAACAAUUGCAUUUUAUGUCCCUCUGGUUAAUAUUUGCAUCAAAAUAAUACUUGCUCAGCUAUUUGUAAUACAAGUAAUGGGUAUUACAUAAGUGGCUAUAACUGUUUACAGUGUGAUUCAGGCUGCUUAACUUGCAGUGGCCCUUCUUCAAACAAUUGCCUUUCAUGCCCCUCUGGUUAAUAUUUAUAUUAAAAUAAUACUUGUUCUACCAGUUGUAACACUAGUAAUGGAUAUUAUAUUAAUCUUAAUAACUGUUUGAAAUGCAAUUUAAAUUGUUUUACCUGUUAUGGUCCUAAUUCAAAUGAUUGCCUUUCUUGUCCUUCUGGUAAAUAUUUAUUUUAAAAUCAAACCUGUUAAGUAUCUUGUAAUACUAGUAACGGAUACUACAUAAAUGGAACUAACUGCUUACAAUGUAAUUCUAGCUGCUUAACUUGUAGUGGUCCUUCUUCAAAUAAUUGUCUUUCAUGUCCCUCUGGUAUAUAUUUAUUUGAGAAUAAUACAUGCUCAUUUACUUGUAAUACUAGUAAUGGAUAUUAUAUUAAUGGUACUAACUGCAUGCAAUGUAACUAAGGUUGCUUAACUUGUAAUGGACCUAAUUCAAACAAUUGUCUAUCUUGUUCUUUUGGCUAAUAUUUGUUUAAGAAUAAUACUUGUUCAGUAACUUGUAACACUAGUAACGGAUAUUAUAUAAAUAGUACUAACUGCUUACAGUGUAAUUCAAGCUGCUUAACUUGUAGUGGUCCUUCUUCAAAUAAUUGUCUUUCAUGCCCCUCUGGUGUAUAUUUAUUUGAGAAUAAUACAUGCUCAUCUACUUGUAAUACUAGUAAUGGAUAUUAUAUUAAUGGAGCUAACUGUUAGUAAUGUAAUUCAAGUUGCUUAACCUGUAAUGGACCUAAUUCAAACAAUUGCCUUUCAUGUCCGUCUGGUUAAUAAUUAAAUUAGAAUAAUACAUGCUCAGCUAUUUGUAAUACGAGUAAUGGGUAUUACAUAAGUGUUGUUCUGCCAAUUGUAACACUAAUAAUGGAUAUUAUAUUAGUGAUAAUAAUUGCCUGUAAUGCAAUUUAAAUUGUUUUACCUGUUAUGGUCCUAGUUUAAAUAACUGCCUCUCUUGUCCUUCAGGAAAAUAUUUAUUUUAGAAUCAAACCUGUUAAGUAUCUUGUAAUACUAGUAACGGAUACUACAUAAAUGGAACUAACUGCUUACAGUGUAAUUCUAGCUGCUUAAUUUGUAGUGGUCCUUCUUCAAAUAAUUGUCUUUCAUGUCCCUCUGGUAUAUAUUUAUUUGAGAAUAAUACAUGCUCAUUUACUUGUAAUACUAGUAAUGGAUAUUAUAUUAAUGGAACUAACUGUUAGUAAUGUAACUCAAUUUGUUUAACCUGUAAUGGACCUAAUUCAAACAAUUGCCUUUCAUGUACCUCUGGUUAAUAAUUAAAUUAGAAUAAUACUUGCUCAGUUAUUUGUAAUACGAGUAAUGGGUAUUAUAUUAGUGGUAAUAACUGUUUAAAAUGUGAUUCAAACUGUUUAACUUGCAAUGGUCCUUUUUCUAACAAUUGUCUUUCGUGUACCUCUGGCUAAUAUUUAUUCCAGGAUAAUACUUGUUCUGUCAGCUGUAACACUAGUAAUGGAUAUUAUAUUAAUGGAACUAACUGUUAGUAAUGUAACUCAAGUUGCUUAACCUGUAAUGGACCUAAUUCAAACAAUUGCCUUUCAUGUCCGUCUGGUUAAUAUUUAUUUUAGAAUAAAACAUGUUCAGUUAUUUGUAAUAUAAAUAAUGGGUAUUACAUAAGCGGUAAUAGUUGCUUACAGUGUAAUUCAAACUGUUUAACUUGCAAUGGUCCUUCUUCUAACAAUUGUCUUUCCUGUCCCUCUGGUUAAUAUUUAUAUCAGAAUAAUAGUUGUUCUGCUUAUUGUAAAACUAAUAAUGGAUAUUAUAUUAGUAAUAAUAAUUGCCUGUAAUGCGAUUUAAAUUGUUUUACCUGUUAUGGUCCUAGUUUAAAUAACUGCCUCUCUUGUCCUUCAGGUUAAUAUUUAUUUUAGAAUCAAACAUGUUCAGUUAUUUGUAAUAUAAAUAAUGGGUAUUACAUAAGCGGUAAUAGUUGCUUAGAGUGUAAUUCAAACUGUUUAACUUGUAAUGGUCCUUCUUCUAACAAUUGUCUUUCGUGUCCCUCUGGUUAAUAUUUAUAUCAGAAUAAUAGUUGUUCUGCCAAUUGUAACACUAAUAAUGGAUAUUAUAUUAGUAAUAAUAAUUGCCUGUAAUGCGAUUUAAAUUGUUUUACCUGUUAUGGUCCUAGUUUAUAUAACUGCCUCUCUUGUCCUUCAGGAAAAUAUUUAUAUUAGAAUCAAACCUGUUAAGUAUUCUGUAAUACAAGUAACGGAUAUUAUAUAAAUGGUACUAACUGUUUAUGGUGUAACUCAAGUUGCUAAACAUGUAAUGGACCUAGCUCAAAUAAUUGUCUUUCAUGUCCCUCUGGUAUAUAUUUAUUUGAGAAUAAUACAUGCUCAUUUACUUGUAAUACUAGUAAUGGAUAUUAUAUUAAUGGAACUAACUGUUAGUAAUGUAACUCAAGUUGUUUAACCUGUAAUGGACCUAAUUCAAACAAUUGCCUUUCAUGUACCUCUGGUUAAUAAUUAAAUUAGAAUAAUACUUGCUCAGUUAUUUGUAAUACGAGUAAUGGGUAUUACAUUAGUGGUAAUAACUGUUUACAGUGUAAUUCAAACUGUUUAACUUGCAAUGGUCCUUCUUCUAACAAUUGUCUUUCGUGUCCCUCUGGUUAAUAUUUAUAUCAGAAUAAUAGUUGUUCUGCCAAUUGUAACACUAAUAAUGGAUAUUAUAUUAGUAAUAAUAAUUGCCUGUAAUGCGAUUUAAAUUGUUUUACCUGUUAUGGUCCUAAUUCAAAUGACUGCCUUUCUUGUCCUUCAGGUUAAUAUUUAUUUUAGAAUCAAACCUGUUAAGUAUCUUGUAAUACUAGUAACGGAUACUACAUAAAUGGAACUAACUGCUUACAGUGUAAUUCUAGCUGCUUAACUUGUAGUGGUCCUUCUUCAAAUAAUUGUCUUUCAUGUCCCUCUGGUAUAUAUUUAUUUGAGAAUAAUACAUGCUCAUUUAAUUGUAAUACUAGUAAUGGAUAUUAUAUUAAUGGAACUAACUGUUAGUAAUGUAACUCAAGUUGUUUAACCUGUAAUGGACCUAAUUCUAACAAUUGUCUUUCGUGUACCUCUAACUAAUAUUUAUUCCAGAAUAAUACUUGUUCUGUCAGCUGUAAUACUAGUAAUGGAUAUUAUAUUAAUGGAACUAACUGUUAGUAAUGUAACUCAAGUUGCUUAACCUGUUAUGGACCUAAUUCAAACAAUUGCCUUUCAUGUCCGUCUGGUUAAUAUUUAUUUUAGAAUAAAACAUGUUCAGUUAUUUGUAAUAUAAAUAAUGGGUAUUACAUAAGCGGUAAUAGUUGCUUACAGUGUAAUUCAAACUGUUUAACUUGCAAUGGUCCUUCUUCUAACAAUUGUCUUUCCUGUCCCUCUGGUUAAUAUUUAUAUCAGAAUAAUAGUUGUUCUGCCAAUUGUAACACUAAUAAUGGAUAUUAUAUUAGUAAUAAUAAUUGCCUGUAAUGCAAUUUAAAUUGUUUUACCUGUUAUGGUCCUAAUUCAAAUAACUGCCUCUCUUGUCCUUCAGGUUAAUAUUUAUUUUAGAAUCAAACCUGUUAAGUAUCCUGUAAUACUAGUAACGGAUACUACAUAAAUGGAACUAACUGCUUACAAUGUAAUUCAAGCUGCUUAACUUGUAGUGGUCCUUCUUCAAAUAAUUGUCUUUCAUGUCCCUCUGAUAUAUAUUUAUUUGAGAAUAAUACAUGCUCUACUACUUGUAAUACUAGUAAUGGAUAUUAUAUUAAUGGUACUAACUGCUUGCAAUGUAACUAAGGUUGCUAAACCUGUAAUGGACCUAAUUCAAACGAUUGUUUAUCAUGUUCAUUAGGCUAAUAUUUGUUUAAAAAUAAUACUUGUUCAGUAACUUGUAACAUUAGUAACGGAUAUUAUAUAAAUGGUACUAACUGCUUACAGUGUAACUCAAGUUGCUAAACAUGUAAUGGACCUAGCUCAAAUAAUUGCCUUUCAUGCCCUUCUGGCUAAUAUUUAUUUUAAGAUAAUACAUGCUCCCCUACUUGUAAUACUAGUAGCGGAUAUUAUAUAAGAAAUUAGUAAUGUCUUUUAUGCAAUAAAUCUUGCAAAACAUGUAAUGGACCAACUUCAAAAAAUUGUUUAUCAUGCCCUUCUGGAUACUUUUUAUAUGCCAAUAGUUGAAUUUUUAAAUUUCUAAAAUACUACCUGA